AUGACUGUAGGGGCGGAUGGAAGCAGAGGGCACUCCCGACCCCCAACUCCUCCUACCACCAGUGGAGUGGACGUGACUGUAGGGGCCGAGGGAAGCAGAGGGGAUUCUCGAUCCCCAACUCCCCUUACCACCAACGGUGACACCCAAGGUCUUAGCCGCCAGUUUCCAAGAGCGUGCCCACCAAAGGGGUCCGGAAAAAUUAAACUGUUGGUUAUCACAUGCCGGGCAGCCAUUGCCUGGACAACAAAUGCCCCCCUGUCUAUUGAGAAAAUUGAAGUUGAUCCACCAAAAGCUGGUGAAGUUCGAAUUAAGAUUAUAUCCUCUGGGAUCUGUGGUACAGAUAAGCACAUCCUGGAAGGAAAAGACAAAGUACAACUUCCUGCAAUUUUGGGUCAUGAGGGAGCUGGGAUCGUAGAGAGCAUUGGAGAAGGUGUAACCAGUGUGAAACCAGGAGAUAAAGUCUUAAUGUUGCCUCUUCCAGAGUGUGGAGAAUGUAGUUCUUGCUUGCACCCCACGGGCAACUUCUGCUUGAAGCAAAGUAUUCUUCCUCCAACUGGAUUAAUGUUAGAUGGAACCAGCAGAUUUACCUGCAGAGGAAGGAAGAUUUAUCAUCUUUAUGGCACAAGCACAUUCACUGAAUAUACUGUGGUWCAUGAAAUUGCAGUGGGGAAAAUUGAUGAUGAUGCUCCCAUGGAUACAGUCUGUAUCCUAAGCUGUGAGGUCGCAACUUUGGAAUCGUGCCACCCAAGCUACGGAGUGGGUGUGAUUAUUGGAUUACCACCCACAAAUUCACAACUCAUUUUUGACCCAACGCUGCUUCUCUCUGGGAGAACCCUGAAAGGUGGUGUUUUGGGAAGUUAUAAAUCCAGAGAUUGUGUUCCUCGAACAGUGACUGAUUACUUAUAAAACAAUAUUAAUAUAGAAUCAUUAAUAAGUAAUCAGGUACCUUUUGAACAACUUCACAAAGCCUUGAGUUGUAGCACGCUGGGAAAAUGUAUUGAUGGUGCACUGUUUGCCAAGACUGUCCUGAGUGCUGGAGAUACAGUAGAGACCAAGAAAUGA